AUGGAGAUCCCUCCACAUAACCCCAGCUCUUCUGAUGCAAAAGCUGCGAACAAAGCUCCGAGUAAGGAGGUGCGAGAUGCCAAUGCCCCGGUAUCACCGCAACCCCAACAGAAUACUGGACAUCAUCAUUCACAUCAUCCUCAGCAACCACCCUCAUAUCAUUCUCGCAUACAGCAGCAACAGCCACAGCAGCAGCAACAACAGCAACCACAACAGAACUAUAGAGCUUCGCCUGCACAUCCAAGGAGAGGUUUAGAAAGUAAAGACACUCUGAAGUCGAAACCAUCGAUAUCAAAGGCUGUACUGGAACAUGUUGGACCCUAUGUGCUGAGCAGAACAUUGGGCAAAGGGUCUUCAGGGUGCGUCAAGCUGGCACGCCACCGUAAAACAAACGAGCAGGUUGCAGUCAAGAUCAUCUCCAAAGCCUCGUUGGCCAACAAGGCUGCAGUCCAUCGUGGUAUCGAACGUGAAAUCGCUAUUAUGAAGCUGAUAAAUCACCCACAUGUGAUCCGAUUAUACGAUGUAUAUGAGACUGAGAAGGAGCUCUUUUUAGUGAUGGAGUACGUCUCUGGAGGUGAACUUUUUGAAUACCUUGUCAAUAAGGGAAGACUUGACGAGACAGAGGCCCUCCGGUUCUUCCAACAAAUUAUAGUUGGAUUAGCCUUUUGCCACAAGCGGAAAAUAUGUCAUCGAGAUUUGAAGCCAGAGAACCUGCUAUUGGAUGACCGUAUGAACGUCAAAAUUGCAGAUUUUGGAAUGGCUUCUCUACAAAAAACUGGCCGACUUUUGGAGACUAGCUGUGGCUCGCCUCAUUAUGCUAGCCCAGAGGUUGUCACUGGGCUGAAAUAUGAUGGAUCAUCAUCUGACAUUUGGUCUUGUGGAAUCAUUCUGUAUGCUCUUUUGACUGGUCAUUUACCAUUUGAUGAUGAAAAUAUCCGCCAGCUGCUGAGCAAAGUCAAAUCUGGAAAAUUUUAUAUGCCCACAGACAUCUCAUCCGAGGCUCGAGACCUCAUUAGUCGAAUGCUCACCGUUAAUCCCAAGCGUCGUAUUACAAUGCAGGGGGUCAUGACGCAUCCAUGGUUCAGGAUGGUCAAUCCAGAUCAUAAUACCUUAGGAGAGCCAGCAGAGGACCCAAAAGGCGCCCGGCCGUUCUUGAAAGAGGAAUUGGAUGCUGAAAUUCUCCUCCACAUUCGCUGGUUAUUUGCUCCAGGACCAUCCCAUAAGAUUGAGGAGAAAAUGACCAACGACGAAGAGAAUCUUGAGAAGUUAUUUUACCAAUUGCUAUGCCAGCACAAGACUGAACUUUUGGAAAACUAUUCGAUCAAUGGUGCAGACUCUACUGUCCCAGGUAAAAAUUUUACACUUUUGAUAUUCCCUGAGGCUCAAAGCAUAGCUUUAUCCGACUAA